UACUGUCACACACAGUGCCACACCUCACAUACGAGGAGUUGAACGCAAACCGCCAUGUGCCAACGCGCCCCAAAUCCUUCACGAUCAGAAUGCGGGGAAUACCAUGUCAAGAAGUCCUGUCUGAUUGGCGCAUCUGGAGCUCGACCUUCCUGAACGGUUUUUCCAUUGUCGAUUUUAUCCGGUUGGGUGGGCUGCUCACGUGUGGAUACGCCGGCCAACAUCACCACUCGCCCACCUCCUUUCCUCUGCGUGUAAAGCGUGUGGAUUACCGCGCAGAAAUGAUUGAUUCCCAUCCCUCCAAGUUCAAACUUUAUUGUCCGAAGGAUCAGGCUUGCGCUCCAAGGUUUCGCUUGCGUCUAAUAGUUGACUCGCUAUGGUACAAGGGAUCCUGCGUAAGCCAGGAAGGAGGAUUGUCUGCUGCGACAGCUACGAAACCUCGCUCUCUCGUUCUCGUGUUUAUUUUUUUUUCGGGGAGAAAGAGGUGGUCCAACAGUCGACUAACGAACCAGUACGCCGCCUGCACCGCAGCAGGCCGGAAUUCGUAACAAGGCUCUUCGUUUUCCAGGGAUCAGCGUAGUCGUGUUGCGAGCCUUCGCUCACCGUGUUCUGCACCGAGACAACCAUUUACCCGCAUAGACGCCACUCGCUCGCCGACGUUUCCAAGCCAAUGAGGGCUGAUAUUACGCCCAGAGCUGGGCCUUGAUGCUGAGUUGCGCAUGGUGCGCAAAAGGCCCCCUCUUCGUCCUGAGCGCCUCCCAGCGGCGAUCCGAGCAGCUCGAGUCCACAAGUUCGGGUUGGCCGGCAAUGGAAGCUUCCCCGGUAUUGCUGACCCCAGGCCCUGCGAGGGAGGGUGAUUCGUGAAUCUGGGGGCCUUUGCCUGCUUGUCUGCCUGCUUGUCCAUCCAAUCCGUUUCUGUAUAUUAAAACAUGGUGGCCCCCGCUCGCGAUUGCGGAUGACUUGUAUCUCACCGACCUCCACCUCACCCGAAAUACCGGCCACUGCGACUGAAUGGGCCUGUGUUCAUCGAAACCUUGCCCUACAGCAUCCAUAUCGAAUGCUAUAGCGACAUAGUACAGCGCCGACAACGCCGCGAACAGCUUUUGCGUCUGGAGAUAAACAGGCGGUGGUACGAGGCAUGGUGCCCGUUGGCAACCCAGCGAAGGCCAAUCAGGUCGAACCGGUCCUAACACGACUCGUUGAGCAGGACACCGUACCAUGGUGGCGAAAGAGGAACCUUAGAAUCCUUUACGCUCUUCUACUCCCAACAUGUAUUGGGAUAGAAAUGACGAGUGGGUUCGACUCGCAGAUGAUUAAUACAGUGCAAAUUGCACCAACAUGGCAAGAGUACUUUCAUGAACCCAGAGGGGCCUUGUUGGGAAUCAUUUCGGCUGCGUACAAUCUUGGGGCUAUUUGCGCAUUGCCAUUUGUACCUUGGGUUAACGAUACAUUCGGACGACGAUGGGCAAUAUUCGGAGGAAGUUGGGUUAUGGUCAUGGGUUCUUUUGUUCAAGCCUUCUCGGUCAACGCUACAAUGUAUGUUUUGGCACGCUGGAUCCUCGGAUUUGGAAUCCCCUUCUGCAUCAUCGCCGGCUCCUCAUUGAUGGGUGAACUCGCCUAUCCCAAAGAACGCCCGAUCAUGACCUCUCUCUUCAACGCACUAUGGUUCGUCGGUGCUCUUAUCGCUGCAGGAGUUUCCUUCGCAACCCAAACACUCAAGAAUGAUUGGGCAUGGCGUAUUCCAUCACUCCUACAAGCUGGACCCUCCAUGAUACAAAUUUGUUUCAUUUUCUUCAUACCCGAGUCCCCUCGUUUUCUAAUCUCGAAAGAUCGACAAGAAGAAGCAUACCACAUCCUCGUCCACUACCACGCCGAAGGCAAUCUCCUAUCGCCCUUUGUCCGCGCCGAGAUGGCCCAAAUCUCGAGCACCAUUCGCAUAGAGCUCGCCAACUCGAAACGAUCCUGGCUUGAGAUGUUCUCGACACCUGGAAUGCGCAAGCGUGUGAUCGUCGGCUCUUUCCUGGGGCUAUUUACGCAGUGGAGCGGCAACACGCUCAUCUCGUACUAUCUCAGUGACCUUCUCAAGAUGAUCGGCUUCCAGGACCCGAACUUUAAGAGCAAGUUGAACGUUGGAUGGAACAGCUGGAAUCUGGUCAACGCCGUUUUGAUCAGUUUGCUGGUGCGGAGAUUUCCGAGACGAAAGAUGUAUUUGAUAUGCGCGACCUCGCUGCUCUGCUGCUACGUGGGGUGGACGGUCAGCAUGGCACGCUUCAUGGUGACGUCGAGUGCGCUUACGGCCAAGAUAACGAUUUUCUUUAUAUUUGCUUACUCUCCUUGUUAUAAUAUUGGCUAUAACGCCUUGACCUAUACUUUCCUUGUCGAACUUUUCCCAUUCGCACAACGUGCCAAGGGCAUCACCAUUUUUCAAUUCUUCGGUCGGGGCGCAGGGUUCUUCACCACGUUCGUGAACCCCGUAGGACUCGAUAGGGUCAGCUGGAGGUGGUUAAUCACAUAUUGCGUAAUGCUGGCGUUCGAGAUUGGUUUCAUAUACUUCAUGUUCCCCGAAACCUACGGUCGCACACUCGAAGAACUCGCCUUCCUCUUCGAAGACCGCGCCCUCGCCGAAGAAGCCGCCGCAAAAGUCGAAAAGCAGAUCCAGCAGGAACUCGCCGACUGGGGCAACGGCCCCAAGAGCGUCGUCACGCACAUCACGGCAGCGCACGCGAAAUUCCCGUCGGACGGGGAUCAGCAGUUUGACCGCUGGGUUUCGGCUGAGCCGGAGAACGGUAGCUGGGAUGGCACCGCGAGCGGGGGUGUGGUCUGGCACGACGAGAACGAGAUGAGGCGACAGGGCGGGAAGAAGGGCGGCGUCCCUGGGGUCGAGGAUCGGUUUAGCAGGUGGCCUUGA